AUGGAACCGUCAAGCUCUACAACGGGGUUCUUCCAAACGCGCCCGGUCAUCCCACCCCAGUACUUCGAGGACAGGGCUCUUCAACGCAUUAUUUCGCUCCACCUUCCAUCCCCUACACCGCAGGAAAUCUCAGAGGAUCUCGCGCAAUUUUCUCGCCUUGUUCUAUCAAAACGUAUCCUGUCCUACAUUGCCGAUGCGGAGAAGAAUACACCCUACCUUAAACCUCUCACCACGUUCGGCGCCGAAAAUAAGCAGGAUCCCUUGGUCACAAGCGAAGGGUGGCGUGCGCUGCAAGAGAUCGGUAUCAAGGAGGGCAUUGUGGCGUUAGGAUACGAGGACAGCAAGGGAAGAUGGAAUCCGCGCGUCCGCCAGUACAUUAAGUAUCAUCUAUGGAGCGGGAGCUCUGCCCUUGUUACCUGCCCCAGUGCCAUGACGGAUGGUGCUGCGCGUCUCCUCGGAAGGCAUCUGAACGACGAGAAUGGAGACAUCUUCGCUGAGGCGAGAAGAAGGCUGACCAGCCGGGAUAUCGACAUCGCAUGGACUAGUGGGCAAUGGAUGACUGAGCGCAAAGGCGGAAGUGAUGUUCGUGGAACGGAAACGAUCGCAACCAAGGUGGUCGGCGAGGAUGAAACCGAUGGCGUCGAUGCGGAAGGCAUGCCACUUGGUCCGUGGAAGAUCGACGGAUUCAAGUGGUUUUCGUCCGCAACAGAUGCGAACAUGACCAUCCUUCUUGCCAAGACCGGAAAAGACGGCCAGAUAAGUGCUUUUUACGCGCCGUUGAGGAGACGUGUCAAGGGUGGUGCAGAGGAUGAGACUGAGCUCAAUGGAGUGCGGAUCCAACGACUCAAGAACAAGCUGGGCACCAAGCCUCUUCCAACCGCAGAACUCGAGCUGAAAGGAAUGCGAGGCUAUCUACUAGGCAAGGAGGGCCAAGGAGUCAAAGAGAUCUCGACCGUUCUCAACAUUACUCGGAUGCAGAACAUCGUAUCUGCAGUGGGCGCAUGGGGCCGUGGACUGGCCAUCAGCCGAGCCUUUGCCAGAGUGAGAAAAUCUGGUGGGAAGCUGCUGUGCGAUAUCCCCGCGCAUGUGAGAGGAAUGGCACAAGAACAUGUCAAGUACUGGGCCCACAUGCAUCUGGCUUAUUUUAUUGCAGCGCUUCUUGGUCGUUCCGAAGGUUACACAGCCUCAGAUGAUUCUGCUGCGGCAAACUCUCUUAUCCUACCGCACAACGAGGAAGACAGCAAAGCUCUCUAUCGAGUUCUGACUCCUCUCGCUAAGGCCCAGACAGCGUUGUCUGCUAUUAGCGGGCUACGUGCGUGCAUGGAAAGCCUGGGUGGAGUAGGGUACUUGGAGAACGAAGACCCCGAGCUGAAUAUCGCGAGACUCUAUCGCGACUCGAACGUGCUGGCCAUAUGGGAAGGGACAACAGAUAUCAUGGCAGAUGAUCUUGUGCGCGCCAUCAAAGGUGCGGGCGGCUCCAAAGUCCUGAGCACACUGGACAGUUGGUUGAAAAAGGCCAUUUCCACAGGCGCAAAGGCGGGCUUCAACCAGGAGUGUCAGACAUUGAAAUCACUCUCAGAUAAGCUGCUGUCAGACUUCAGCCUCAAAGACAAAGAUGAAUUGCGAUGGAAGGGUAGAGACUAUAUGCGCGACUUGGACCUUCUAGUCAGCGGUUGUUUACUGGUGAUGGAUGCUGCGAGAGAUGGGGAUGCGACGGCACGAGAAAUAGCAAAGCGAUGGAUCUCUGGAAGCAGUCACCACGGUCAAGACUGGAGAGCCGAGGCUGACUGGGACAGGAGGAUCGUUUUUGGUGACAAUUCGCUGCCGGCAAAGCUCUUGGAUUUAGAAAAUGACAUUGAAUGCAAGAAAAAAAACGGGUCCCUCGCAGUCCAGGAUGGCCGAUCCAUCGCGCCCUUGAUCAAUUCCCUUCUGGAGCUUCCUGGCUUCGUGAUGCGCAUUGCGACCCAGGACUACCAUCCUGCAGAUCACAUCUCCUUUGCCAGCAACCACCCACCGCCCAACAACCGCCCGUUUGAAUCCGUCAUCGAGAUGAAGAAUCCGGCUCCGGGCAAGGAGCACGAGACGAAGCCGCAGCGGCUCUGGCCCGUGCAUUGCCUCGCCGGCAGCCCCGGGGCGUCCAUCAUCCCGGAGAUCAACACGGAGAAGAUCGAUCUGUUCGUGAAGAAGGGCAUGGAUCCCCGCGUCGAGAUGUACUCUGCGUUCAGCGAUGCGUUUGGCAAUCUGGACCCUGCGCUCGUCCGAAAGUCCGUCGACGCAGACAUCCAGGCUCAACUGUCAGUCCGCAAGGUCACCGAUGUCUUCGUCGUCGGAUUGGCAGGGGACUAUUGUGUCAAGUGCACGGCGAUCGAUGCGGCACGGGCCGGCUUCAGGAGCUGGGUGAUCGAAGAUGGGACGAAAUUCGUUGAUCCUGGAGAAGGCUGGGAAAAGACCAAGGCGGAAUUUCGAGACUUUGGAGUCUCAGUCAUCACGAGUGAUAGUCCUGAAGUGGCUCGAGUGAAGGAGCGAGCAUAG